AUGAAGUUGCUGUUUUUGGGUUCCAUAGCUCAACUUCAAUCUAUCCAUGGUGUCGAAUGUAAAUCCACUAUGAUUUUGGGUACUGAUAUUUUCAGUGUACGAGAUUUCAAUGGAUAUUACCAUUCAGCUAGUGCUCUCAUAGUCAAUGGUUCUCAGGUUUCAAUUGUAACCGAAAAUCUUGCACAACAACUUAGACUGCCACAUUCACCGUCUAGCAGUGUUCUUGGUUUAGGUGCUUCAUCAGCUCAGCAUAGUCGAGGAAUGAUACACUGCAACAUAAAAUCUUUUAUGGAUCCUACCAAGACCAUAUCAACUAAUUGUAUCAUCCUAAAACGCAUAACAGGUAAUCUCCCAUCAGUUAUGGUAAAUAAAUGCAUUUUAGAUAAAUGCAAAAACUUAGUCUUGGCUGAUAACAACUUUUCAAUGCCGGGAAAAAUAGAUGUUCUUUUAGGUGUUGACUGUUUUAAUAAAAUUAUUGAUGGUGAACAACGUAGCCUGGGUGAAGACAUGCCCACUGCGCAUUCAUCCAUCUUAGGUUGGAUCAUCAUGGGCAAGGCUCCCACAGCAUCGCAGCAGACUUGUGGUGUGGUCUCCAUGGCCUGUACCACAGAUAUUAAUUUUAACCUUUCAAGGUUCUGGGAAUCUGAGGAACCUCCCAGUCAACCUAUACAAGAUCCUGAAAACAUUAUUUGUGAAAAACACUUCACUAACACUCAUACAAGGGAUAGCACUGGUCGUUUCAUCGUGCGGUUACCUUUCAAAGUGGAUCAUAAACCUUUGGGUGAAACACACACCAACGCCUUAAAGCGAUUUCAUAAUUUGGAGCGUCGCAUGCUUAAGGAUGAGAAGUUGCAUGAACUUUAUGUUGCCUUCAUGAGGGAUUACAUUGAAGCUGGCCAUAUGCGUCAAGUGUCAGGUCCAGUAUCAAGUGACCGAUAUUAUAUUCCCCAUCAUGGUGUGUUACGUGAACACAGUAGUACCACAAAACUUCGUGCUGUAUAUGAUGCAUCAGCCUCUAGCUCUACAGGUGUUUCACUUAAUCAGGUACUUAUGUCCGGUCCCAAACUUCAAAAAAAUAUUGAAGAUAUUAUUUUGCGAUUUCGACUCCACAAAAUUGUCUUCACAUGCGACAUAAAACAAAUGUAUCGACAGGUGCGCAUGCAUGAUGACGACUGCAGAUACCAAACUAUCUUCUGGCGCGCUUCUCCUGCUGAACCCUUGAAGCAGUACGAGUUAACUACCGUAACAUACGGCGUCACGAGCCUGCUUAUCAAGCUAUUCGCGUCAUUCACGAGUUAG